AUGCAAGGAUGUUUUACCUUGUCAUUCUGGGUGUACUCGGAGCGGCUAUACUCCUUGCAUCUGCAAUUUAUUUUUUUUGCAAAAAAAAAUUUUCUAACAAUACCACAUGGAUACGCGCUCAUCAAAAUUUCUAUAUUUUGCGAAUGUUUAUCUUCUUGCUUUUUUACCUCGUUGAUUUCGGGCUCGAUAUUUAUAUGGCAAUACAACUGUUUAGGACAAGAAAUUUCUUUUGGGGUUCAUCGUCAAUCAUAA